GGCUUGCAUCGAGCCUGCCAUGGCUGCUGUGACCUUGGAUUCCGAGGCGGCCUUCAGAGAGAGAUGUUUGAAAAUAGGGAUGGAGGAAGCAACCCUCGAUGUCCUCAUCACGAGCAACUACAAGACUUUUGGCCACCUGGCAUUUGCAAUUAGCUCCUCGCCAAACACGGCUGAUGAGGAGCAAGUUCAGCAGUGGGUCAAUACAGUUUUCGCUCGGCCUCCUACGCCCCAGCAGAUGGCGUGCAUCAGACGGGCUUUAUUCGAGGCUCAAGCCCUGUCGAUUUCAGAUAUGAAGAGCCGCGUCGAGCCUCAGUCUGAUGUGCUUGUAAGGAAGAUGCCAGUUGCCGAACGGAUCGCUCGUCAGAAUGCCCUUGAGCGUCGGUUGACUGGAGUGAUUUUUGCUCCCGAAACCACUCCGGGGCAUUCAGUGGUUGAUCGUUUGGUAGAUAUGCUCGAGACGGGUGUCAUGGCGUAUCUCGAACCCCACAAGUAUGUCUCGCGUUCGCAAGAGGUUCAGAAUGUCAAAUCCGAGAAGUCAUUGAGCAUUACAACAGAUGGCAACUUGAAGGUGAAUGCAAAGGUGGAAUCGUUGACGUGUGAGGCUAGCUCGGCGUUGACACUGCGCCAGGCGUGGUCGAGGAGGAGCAUCGCUUUCGAGCUUGCCGGGCUCGCCACCUUCACCAUCUUGGAAGGCUGGGUUCAGAAGAUGUUCAUCAUGAUGCAGAGGCCUCCUCCUGAUGGUUACGUUAGCAUAAGCUUGCAGCAGUUGUUGGCCGCAGACCGUCACUUGUUUACUGUCGCAGCGGAUCGCUUGCUAGGUAACCUUCAAUGUGUGCCAGGGCGCGAGAAGCCUCUCGACACAGAGGUAAAGCGCCUAGCCGAUUCAACCGAGAUGCUUCAGUUUCUUACUUGUCUUCCGAAAGCAACGAGCCCUCCUCCUUUAAAGCGUCCUUGGGAGAACGACAAGGGAGGCGAUGCGCCGCAGCUUCCUCCAGGGGCCAAGGCAAAGCAUGACGACAAGCCAAAUUGCUUUGGCUACAAUCACGGAACUUGCAAGUUCAAGGCAGGCUUACAUACAGAUUCGCACAACGAUGCCUCUUCCUUGAAUGCUGUACUUGCCAUAAGCAACUUCGAGGGGGGGGAGAUUUUUGUAGAGAAUGAACUGGGCUCUCACCGCCGCGACUUCGAAGGCGAAACACUGCGAGGCGACAUUUUGUCUCCUCAAGAUGGCCCCGCUAUCUUUUCAGCGAGGAGCAUCGACAAACUGCCUGGCUCGGAUAUCCAAACGCUAACCGCUUUGGGUUUUCCGCUUCUCUUCCCCUCUUCGCAAGCUCAAGCUGAUCUCCAGGGGUUUGAUGUUGUUCCCAUUGACCACCAGGCUCGGGCACCUCUGGCACCGACUGUCCAGCUUGACCUGCCAAUUCCCGCAUCAGCCAAGGCGAUUGGUGUGCCUGCGGGUGCUCAGAUCACCAUCGAGAAUCCCACCAAUUCGUGGUACUGGUCCAUACUUGCUUUGCAAAUCCGACGUUGCAAGGACGCGCAGCUUGAGUCGCUGGCCCUUGCGUGCGAUAAAUCUCAUGAACACCUUCCUUGGAGUGUCAAGUGGGCCAAAUCAGGCUUCAUGCUCUCGCAGCACAGGGCCGUCAGCAUCGUCGCCACCCGCUGCAAAGCCCUGCAGCCUCCAAUUGAGGGGGUGAGUUCGGGGAGUGAGCUUUGCAGGGUUGGGUUUUAUCGCAGCCCAGAGCAAUGGUUGGACGAGGCCGCCAGCCUCGAUCACCCAAUGGAUGUUGCUGCGGCCCUUCCGAAAAUCACGUUGGAUGCCAUCUUAAUGAACUUCUCUUCUGAUCAUAAGUCUCUGGCCCUUAAGCGUAAGAUUGCCUUGAUGAAGGCCGAGAUCCUCGCUAAAAAGCUUGAGAAGGAUGAGGAAGCUUUGCAUAGAUCCAUGCCAGAAUGGAUGCAAGGUGUUGUUCAUGACCAGCGCAUCCUCCUUUGGGAAGCGUUGCUCCGCCAGUCUGAUUAUGAUGACAUGGAGGUUGUUGAUUUCUUGAAGCAGGGUGUCCCGCUUGUAGGUGCCUCGGACUGCCCAACGUGUUUUGAAACCAAGGUGAGGCCGGCGGUUCUAACGGAGGCAGAGUUGCGGGCAGCGGCCCCCGACUUGCGUCGUGGAAUGAUGUCCAGGUCCUUGCAUCAGGAGCCGGAGCACACAGCCCAUCUUUCGGAUGCCACUAAAGAGGAGCUCGCUUCGGGGUUUAUCCAGGGACCAUUUACAGAACAGCAGGUUACAGCUCAUUUUGGGCAUCGGCAUUGGCUGGCCAUCCGACGUUUCAUCAUCAAGCAGGGGCCAAAGCUUAGGCCAAUCGAGGACUGCUGCGAAGCACAUCUGAACGAAGCCUAUGCAGCCACCAUCAAGCUCCGAUUACAAGAUGCGGAUUUCUUCGUUGCCAUGGCACUUGAAGUAGCUCGUCUGUCGGGCAACAAUCCAAAGGCUGCCCGGCCUUGGGUGGCUAAGAGCAUCUGGUGGCUCCUGACGAAGGUGUUGCGUAUUCCAUGUUCCCAUUUCUACGAUGAUUUCCCGAUGCUCGUUCCUGAAGACAUGGGUUCAGAAGCGGACGCCAGCGCCUCAAGGUUCUUGUCCCUCCUUGGUUGGCGUCAUGCCAAGACUGGGGAGGGAGGCAAGGGUCAUCCGUUCAUGAGCAGGUUUGACGUCUUGGGGCUGUCAGCCGAUGUGGCCAAGCUGCACCUUGGCACCUUGGUUCUUUCCAACAAGGAAGGCCGUGCGCAAAAGAUCCAAGACCUUCUCGGCGUGGUGUCAGGUGAAGGCCACAUCACGAGGAAUCAAGGACAAAUCCUCUUGGGGUUGCUUCGUUUUGCAUCAGGGUUCUACGGAGGAAGGACGUUGAGGCAUGUAUGUGCUGACCUCAACCGCUUGGUGUUUUCGCGCGACCAUGUCACUCCCCAGCGGCUUCGAGCUUUGUCUGACAUGGCUUCUAAAGCAUUGACGACACUUCCGCCGAGGACGAUAACCUUUGCAGCUCGCAGGCCUCUUGUGCACGCCUUUACUGAUGGGUGCUGGCAAGACGGGGUUGCGGGGCUGAGGGCAGUAGUCUUCGACUGUGCAACGGGUCGUGGCCGUGUCUUUCAAGGCAAGCUCCCAGCCAAUCUAGUGAAGGCUUGGCUCAGCGAAGUUGGUGAGCAGAUCAUCGGCCAGAUAGAGCUGUACGCAGUUCUGGUUAUGCGCUUCUUCUUGAAGGAUGACCUAGCAGGCCGCCGCACAGUUUUCUGGUGCGACAACGAAGCUGCCAGGUUUGGCCUGAUUCGAAAUGAGAGCCAUAGCCGCUCCAUGGAUGUGAUGCUUCGCGCCUUCGCUCGAGUAGAAGAUGAGAGCUUGAGUUUCACUUGGAUUAGUCGAGUUCCGUCUGCUUCAAAUCCUAGUGACGCUCCCUCGCGUGGGGACGGUCAUUCGGUGUUGCAGCUGAGUAGAGUCAUCCGCAGAAACGGGACUGCAAUCGGAUGGCCAGUACGCUGGGUUGAUCAGACCCAAUAUCAGCCGUGGCACAGCCCUCUUCGCUGGCCAACCAGCUAUGCUCACAAGGUGUUUGCAAUUGAGAGCCCCGAGUUCGCAAAAGGCGACAGCGAAGAGAGGCACGUAAAUUUUCACUACGUCAUUUAUACGGUGGAAAUGGGCCGCUUGAUGCUUCAAUCUUGGGAUGGCGCGAACUGGACCACAGUGUGGUCACCGCCUGGUGGCCAGGGCCGUGUCUGGAAUCGAGCUGACGUACGAUUGCCGGAUGAUGCGCAAGCAUUGCGCUUCCUCGGGAUCACCAGGAUCGGGUAUGCAAGCGGGGUGGCGGUGGCUUUAGCUGUAGAUUCGCUGCAGAUUUCCAAUUUCUCUACAACGGUCGCCGAAUUGCCGGACUACGAUACCGUGACCUGCAGCUUUGAGGCCGACUUUUGCAGCUGGAGAGCCAUGAACGACCAGGCUUGGAUGCGGAGAAACGGCGCGACACCGAGCGCUUAUACAGGACCCUCAGGAGCAUUCGAUGGUGGCCACUACAUAUACCUAGAGGCGGAUUGGCCGAAUUAUCCCAACAAGGAGUUUGUGCUGGAAAGCCCCAUUUUCAGAAAGGGUGACGGUUCAGCGAGAUAUGUACAUUUCCACUACCACAUGUACGGGUUCGACAUGGGCCAGCUGACACUGCAAUUCUGGCACGGUAUGCUUUGGACCACAGUAUGGUCGCUAUCCGGAAACCAGGGCGACAGAUGGCAUCAUGUUCUCAUGAGACUGCCGGAUGAUGCACAAGCACUUCGCUUCCUGGGCAUGACCGGGAUAUAUUCCGACAGCGAUAUAGCAAUAGACAAGGUGCGAGCCGCGGCAGUUCCCAUCGUUGCCAUCGAUGAAUGCACGUCUCCGGCUGCUGCAUGCGGCUGGACAUCCACGGCUACCGUUGACCAGGUCAGCGGAGUGGUCCUGCAGAUGUAUGUGCACAGCUGCAACACAGACAUGGACGGCACGUACGAUUUGCAGGGUCAGACGCGUAGUGGACGGGCCUACUACAAGCUGUCAUCUGCCAAUGUCUACUUGUACCACGAUCCCAGCUGUGAUGGCAACUCAAGUUCACCAAGGUGGAUUUUCGACAACAACUUUCCAUCGCUCACUGCUUCCCAAGAUCUGGACGGAGAUGGAUCGUGCAGCUAUACAGGCGUCGCUUACAGCGACGAUGUUGCGCCCCCACUGUUUGGAACAUGGCUAAGCUGGUGCAAUGAUUCGAGCGGCUGGUCGAGCGGGUACAGGUUUCUGGAGGAGACACCCUAUGUAAGUGUGCAGAGUUACAAGACGUUUUCUGACGCAUUCUACUUGACUGCGAUGUAUGUCACCGACCGUGGCGAUCCAAAGGUCGGUAAGACACCAGUGUCAACACCAGUGCAUAGACAACUGUGCUGUGACUCGAAAGUGCUGCCUUGUGAGCGGCGUGCCGAUCCACCUGAGUGCCUCUGUGGUUCCCUGCAGGAAUUCCAUUUGCAGAGCCCCUCUUUUUCCCAGGGCUCUGGUCUAUAUUUUGACUACCUCAUGUACAGCCUGGAUGGCAACUUCGGCAGCUUGCAGCUACAGGCCUGGGAUGGUCAGAACUGGACUGCUGUCUGGUCACUCUUUGGCAGUCAGGGGAAUUCUUGGCAUCAAGGCACGGCGCAUUUCUCCUCCAACAGCACGCGGUUGCGUUUUCAAGGAUCCCUGGGAGCGUGGAAAACCGGAGACUUGGCAGUUCGGGCAUUCCGCACAGCUGUCGCGCUGGAGGAGCUGGCUUGUGAGGACUUUCAGCUCAACGGCUUUUGGUUGGAGCCUGGCACUGUUGGUCCCAGCAGGGCCAUGUGGAGAGCGGUGGACAUCGGUUUGGAAGCCAGGGGCGCCGAGAGCCAAACAGCUGUACUUGACAGUGCUCAGAUCAGCACCGUUGGUUCCGAGGUCGUGUUUUUUCUCAGCUUCCAAGUGGUGGGACCCACGGCAGCCCUGGAGGUGCAGCAGCUCACCGAGAACGGUUGGACGCAUUUCCAGACCACAGCCAUCGCCUCCUUUGGUUCCUGGCAGAAUCUCACGGGCCCGAUCUCGGUGCAAACACAGUCACUGCGACUGCUGGCGACCAUGAACAGCACGACAGAUCUGGUGAGGAUCCGCUCCUUCCAUUUAGACGUGGCGCAAUUUGCGCGCAGUCUCGAGGAUGCGGGGUGCGACUUCGAGGCGUUUCGUGGCCAGGCAUUCGCCUCUGCAUCGCAGGAGUGGUCUGUUGGUACAGCUACAGAGGUGCUCUUGACAAGCCCGCUUUUCCCAAGUGCCGACGUGGUCUACCUGGCCUUUGCCUUCUGGAUGCGAGGGUGGGCACCCCUCAGUCUGCGGGUGGAGAUGUGGAUCUAUGGCCUUUGGCAGGAGAGCUGGUCCGAGGCCGGCCAGCGAGGGGUGGGUUGGCAGCAAGUCAAGCUGCGCCUGCCAGCAACAGUUAAUCGUGUGCGCUUCAGGGGCUAUAUGCCCGCUGACGUAUCCUCCCGCAUCGCAGUCGACCACAUCAUGUUGUAUUCGCACGCCCACCCCCAAAUUAUGCCGGCUGCCAUGGUCCUAGUUGGUGGGUAUCAUCACCAGUGCGCUCUGGCUUUCGGACAGCUCAAAUGCUUUGGGAGGAACCGGGAGGGGCAGUUGGGCUAUGGCAGUUCCGACGAUGUAGGCGAUGACCAGGAAGAGGUUGGUCUGCAACUGCCGGUGGUGGACGUUGGAGGUACGGUCUUACAGGCCUGUGUCGGACUUUUUCACACCUGCGCGGUUCUUCAAGGUGGCUCCCUAAAGUGUUGGGGGUCGAACGUUGUUGGACAGAUAGGUUCUGGAAACACGGCUACCCUCGGUGAUGAUCCCAACGAGAUGGGGGACUGGCUGCCUGCUGUCGAUCUGGGCAAUGGCACAAAGGUGAGCCAGCUUGCCUGUGGCAGCGGGCACACCUGCGUUCUACUGCAUGACGGUGCCAUCAAGUGCUUCGGGUAUAAUGGUGAUGGGCAGCUGGGCUUGGGAGACACCAUGCCGGGACCUCAGCUUAGAGAAGGACGGACAGUCACAGCAAAUUGGGCCCAUUCAUGCGCCCUUUCCUCCGAGGGGGUGGUUUGCUGGGGAUGGCAGUUCCUCAGUUCGGAAAUUAUCAGCAACGUUUCUUCGCUUCCGACCAUCGGCUUCGAGCUGGAGGCGACGCAGAUCGCAACAGGCGAACAGCAUGCUUGCAUCCGUCUGGCAGAUGGACGCAUGCGAUGUUGGGGUAACAAUGAAUGGGGUCAGCUUGGUCUUGGUGACACCGUGAGUCGGGGGGCCCACGAGGCAGCCGAUGUCGACCUCGGCUUUCCGACGACACAGAUCUUUGUGGGUUAUUACUAUUCCUGCGCAAUGUUGCAGGAUGAGAGAACCCUGUGCUGGGGUUGGAAUGGAGAUCGGGAGCUUGGGCGAGGCACUGCAAUCCCUGUCUACGAAAGCCCCGGAGAGGUGCUCGUUAGAAAGGUGGAAAGCCUGUCGAUGGGCAACGCGCACAUCUGCUUUUUGCAGAGCGGAGGCGCCAUCUCCUGCUUCGGUGCGAAUGACUAUGGCCAGUUAGGGGUGCCGACGGGCGAGGUGUCGGCAGAGGAUGGAGCAGCACUGGUGCCCCGGCUUUUCAGGAACCGGACUCCAAGGGCCGAAGGCUUGGAGUCCGUUCGCUUGUCGGGAGGCUCCAGGACCUGGGGCUUCCUCGAAGUGCUGCGUGAGGGCACUUGGUCACCGGUUUGCGAUGAUGGCUUUGACGCGGCGGCUGCCAUCGUGGCUUGCAAGGACCGACGUCAGCACAUCAUUCAAAUUCAUUUAG